AUGGCCAUGAGUUUGAAACGCGGAGAGCAAAAUAAGUGGAUUGAGGAGGAUAAGGUGAUGAAACGUAUGUCUGAGAACACCUCCAUGGCUCCGCUACUGGAGGAGGCAGCCGCACGGGAUGAUGAUGAUAAUGAGGACUUCAUCGCACUCAUCAAUAACCCAUCACCAAAACCGUGGAUGCCUCUCCGCGAGCUGGCGGAGGAUGUUCCACAUGCUAUAAUCUCAGUAACGCAGCUGAUCCAGAACGCAACAGUGAGCAGCGAUUCAACAGAGAUGCUGCGCCAUUCAGUUGUGAUGACCGUGGUGUAUUGCGUGGCCUAUGCGGUGGUGUUUUUCGUGGGCAUUGUUGGCAAUUUCGCCGUGGUGUCUGUGGUGCUUCGUAGCGGUCCACGCAUGCGCACACCCACCAAUCUGUUCCUGGUGAACCUGGCCUGUGCUGAUCUACUCGUCCUCAUCUUCUGUCUGCCAUUCACCCUCGUCGGCAAUAUUAUGACAGGAUGGACAAUGGGCUUGCUGAUGUGCAAGACAAUUCCCUACCUGCAGGGUGUCUCAGUGAAUGCCUCGAUCAACACAUUGGUCGCCAUAACGAUUGAACGAUGGCUGGCCAUCUGCUAUCCAAUGCGCUGGCAGAUGACGUCACACACCUGCAAGCUCGUCAUUCUACUAAUAUGGCUAUUCUCCCUCACCAUCACUUUUCCUUGGAUCCUCGUCUUUCAACUAACGCCUAUGGAUGAUGGAAGCAGCAUACAGAUGUGCGUGGAAACAUGGCCGACCCCCUACAGCGAGAAGGCCUACUUUCUACUAGUCAACCUGGUGAUGUGCUACCUCCUGCCACUGACACUCAUCUCCAUCUGCUACUUCCGCAUCUGGCGCCGGGUAUGCUGCCGAAAAAUGCCCGGUGAGGUCCAAGUGCACCAGAAACUCAUAAUCCACCGAUCCAAGGAAAAAGUAAUAAAGAUGCUAAUGAUAGUGAUAACACUUUUCACAUUAACCUGGCUCCCCCUGUAUGUAAUUUCCUUCAUAUUGAAACUGGGCGUGAAUCUACAACCCUGGUGGGAAGAUGCCAUUGUCAAACUGAUACCCUUGGCACAAUGGCUGGGGAUAUGUAAUUCAUGCAUAAAUCCUGUGAUUUAUGCAUUUUCCAGCAAGAGAUUCCGCACCAGAUUCAAAGCAAUACUAGCUUCAGAGUCGUGUUUUACGCGUCUCCGCUUUGAAACAAACAGCUUUAAUGAGGUGAAUUUGAGCACCAACACCGGAAACCGUAAGGAAUCCCUUAAUAUGCCACAAACGACCAGUACAGCUCUAUAA